CCGGCGCUGACCGGCCACGGCAAGGGCCCCCUCCGGGGGAGCCUGAAGGCAGCCAGCAUCAAGCGUGAAAUGACCUUCCCUGCAUUUCAACAGGAUGAUGUAAAAAGUGACAUCAGUCAAAAACUGCCAGACCAACAGUUUCUCCUGUUCACCACAAAAGAGGAAGAUUUAAAAACAGCAGAGACCAAAAAACCAAACAGAGCUCAUGAGUAUGAAAAGGAAAACACUCGUUCUGUUUGUCUUCUGGAACAGAAGCGCAAGGUUGUUUCUUCAAAUAUUGAUGUGCCUCCAGCAAGAAAAUCUUCAGAAGAACUGGACAUGGAUAAAGUAACAGCAGCCAUGGUACUCACCAGUUUAUCCACCAGCCCCUUGGUCCGCAGCCCUCCUGUCCGACCCAACGAAUCCCUAAAUGGAUCUUGGAAAGAAGGAGGAUUUGUGCCUUCUAGUACCAGCAGCAGUGGAUACUGGAGCUGGAAUGCUCCCAGUGACCAGUCCAACCCAUCCACCCCAUCUCCACCUCUCUCAGCUGAUAGCUUCAAAGCUUUUCGGACACCUUCCCAGCCAGAUGAUGGUAUUGAUGAAGCUGAAACAAGCAACCUUCUCUUUGAUGAACCCAUUCCUAGGAAGAGAAAGAACUCCAUGAAGGUGAUGUUCAAAUGCCUGUGGAAAAACUGCGGGAAGGUACUGAGCACAGCUGCAGGGAUUCAGAAACACAUACGGACCAUUCACCUUGGACGUGUAGGAGAGUCUGACUACAGUGAUGGAGAGGAGGAUUUUUACUAUACAGAAAUCAGGCUCAACACGGACUCAGUAGCUGAUGGCUUAAGCAGUCUUUCCCCAGUCUCUCCAUCUUUAGCAUCUCCUCCUUCCUUUCCCAUCCAAGAUGCAAUCCGUCCUGAAACUUCCUGUGCCAAAACCGAGACUAAAUUGAUGACACCUCUGAGCCGCUCAGCUCCUACCAACCUCUACCUCGUACACACGGACCAUGCUUACCAGGCCACUCCUCCGGUGAACAUUCCAGGGUCAGCAAAAUUCACUCCCAAUGGCAGUAGCUUUAGCAUCUCUUGGCAGUCGCCUCCAGUUACCUUCACCGGCAUUCCAGUCUCACCAACGCAUAAUCGUCCUGCAGGCAGCGGAGAGCAGAAGCAGUCCCACACAGUUCUUUCAUCACCGCCUAGAGUAGCAUUUGGCUUGAGGAAGCCUAGAGGGGAGGGGAAAAAGUGUCGGAAGGUCUAUGGGAUGGAGAACAGAGAUAUGUGGUGUACUGCCUGCCGAUGGAAGAAGGCCUGCCAAAGGUUCAUCGACUAAAGAUUGAAAUUAUGCAGAGGAUUUGGGGAUGGGGGAGGACAACAGCAGAACCAGAUUGCUGCAGCUGCACUGUAUCACUUCCCAUUUUCCCUCCAGUGAUGUGGUGUUGGGGGUUUUGGUUUUUUGGGGUGGGUUUUUUUUUUUAAAAGAGCUUUGUAUUUCAAAGUGAAGCACUUGUAGCCAAGGAGAAGCACUAAUCAAAACCUGUGUGGAGCAAUAGAGAAAAAAAAAGAAAAAAAGCAAAACCAAGAACAUACAACAAAAUUCUGUCUUACUAAGUAUGGAAACCAGAGCAGCUAUUAGUGUUUUUCUGUAAAAGAGAGGAAAAAGUUAAUUUUUUUGCUAACUCUGUGAGCUACUUGCUCCUUAGGAUCAUUUUUAACCAUUUCAGUCUCUGUGCUGUGAACAUCUGUAUUUGCUAAACUGAACAAUUUUUCUUUUCCUGAAACGAAGAUCUCUUUUUGAAAGCUUUCUAAUAAACACUUCAGAGUCAUAUAAGCUACAGUUUUCUCAACAAAAGCUGUACUAAUACUGGAGACUGCUAAAUAAUUCUCCUGAUAUGAAUGAUCGUGAUUAUAGUAUAUUUUUGGAAAGGGGAUGUGGGGAGGAGUUGGGAUUUUCCUUUGUUUGUUUAUAGGAGAAAAGCAAAGUCUGAAUUUGCAAGAAGGACAAGCAGUGCUCCUGGAAGAUUUUUAAACCAGGCACAGACCAGCGG